AUUUUCCUCAGGUAGCGAGCGCCACUUCUCAGUCCCUACUCCACUGCGCCAGGAGGCCGAAUAUCGUCUGCCGUGCCCUUGGUUGCGACGGCGUGUGUCGACCCACCUUCAUCGAUGCCAUCACUGGGAAGGAGUCUGCUUGUGAUGGAUGCGUGGACCAAUCAGGACAGCUUCGAGAGGAGGGUUCUACCUGGACAGGGGACAAUUGUGAAACGUGCACCUGUAAUCAUCGGGAGAUGACCUGUCAGCCAGUCACCUGUCCGAAGGUCCCAUGCACUCACCCUGCCAAGCGACACGGAGCCUGUUGUCCUGAUUGCCAACAUGGUUGCAUUUACGACAGUUACAUUGUACCUGAAGGCGAGACGGUCGAGGACGUGAACGAUACGUGUACAGAAUGUCUGUGCACCAGGGGGUCUCUCGUCUGUGGCCCUGUGGUCUGUCCUGAGUUGACCUGCAGUGACCCAGUUCAUAAACCUGGUGAAUGUUGUGCCUUCUGCAACAGCUGCGAUGGAGCGGAGGAAGGUGAUACUUGGCAACCUGACCCUUGUACUCAUUGCCAGUGCAAACAGGGAGAACAACUCUGUUAUUCCUUGGGGUGCUCACCCCCCGCCUGCCAUAAUCCCGCGCGCCCCCAGGGGGAGUGUUGCCCCGUCUGCCACCACUGUGACUACCAGGGGCAUCACAUCAUGAAUGGCGACUCCAAAGUCAUAGCUCCUUGCAUUACGUGUUCCUGUAAUCUGGGCACCGUGACUUGCCAGUCGGAGGAAUGUGGGCCCCCAGUGUGCCUGCACCCGGAAUCGAUCCCAGGGGAAUGUUGCCCCAGGUGCCCCGGGCAGUGUUCGUACGACGAUCGCGUGAUAGCCACCGGGUCGACGUUCCAGCCUUCCUUUAAUCCCUGUCUCAACUGCUCCUGUCAGAAAUGCUCUUGCGACUCUGGUGUCAUCACGUGCACUGGGGAGACGUGUCAAAAGUGCCCGUAUGGCGUUCCUGUUCCAGGUUCCUGUUGUCCAGACUGUUCCAGGUGUUUCGUCGGUGGACAGUUGGUUGACAACAAGGUGUGGUUCAACAGAGGGGGUGAUCCGUGUGAACCAUGCCAGUGUUUGGACGGCUCACUCAAGUGUAGGCCAAGAACGACCUGUCCCGAACUCAGUUGCCUCUUGAAGCAUCGUCCAGAUGGUGAAUGUUGCCCCGUGUGCAUUGGUUGCAUAGACGACAGAGGUCAAACGUGGGACGAAGGUCAACACUGGACCCUCGAGUCUGACCCCUGCCAACAGUGCCAAUGCCACAAGAACCUCAUCACUUGCGCGCGUGCCCAGUGCCAAGUGUACUGUAGCCACCCUGUACCACCUGCGCCGUCCACCUGCUGCCCCACCUGUGAAGCCUGUCUCUACAGAAGCAAAAUCUAUGCCCAAGACGAGAGAAUCCCCACGACCGACCCUUGUAGUGAAUGUUACUGCAAAAAUGGGAGCCUGGUUUGUUACACGCAAUCCUGCAAGCCUGUUUACUGCACCAACGCCCAAAUUAGGCCAGGUGAAUGUUGCCCUACCUGUUCCGAGUGCAACUACUUAGGCCAAACCUACGAGGACGACUCGGAAUGGCCAUCACCCAGUGACCCCUGCGUGACCUGCCGGUGCCAGGGUGGGCAUGUGGAGUGCCAAGAUGGCCGAGAAAGCUGUAAUCCGCAGUGCUCCCACCCGGCAAAGCCUCCUGGGCAGUGCUGCCCUCUGUGUGACAAUUGCCUGUACUUAGAUCAAGAGUACGUGAAUGGGAUGGCGUUCAGGUCUCCCAGCUACGACAGUGAUUGCUAUGAGUGCCAUUGUAAGAACGGUAAUGUGCAGUGCUACAAGAAACAUUGCCCGCCACUAAGCUGCGUUGUGUCCGUGUUGGUGACCUCUGAGUGUUGCCCAAAAUGCCUGGACCACCAAGUGACAUAUGCAACUGCCCUCCCUGCUUUCAGAGUGACGCCUUCUCCGUUUGAUUCUUCAUAUGUCCACGAAACAAAUUUCUUUCUUUCUACCACUGCUUUUCCUGGAGUUUCCUCCUCCUCCUCCUCCUCCCCCUCCUCUCUUCCUUCUUCUUCUUCUGCUUCCCUUUGUGAAUCGUGCAGACAUACGUCUUGCUCUAUUGAAGGCAUAACUUACAAGAUCGAUGAAUCUUUUGUCCAUCCAAAUAAUCCUUGCCAGCAGUGCACUUGUUUGGAAUCCGGCAUCACCUGUAGCAGGGUAUUUUGUCCAAGAACUCCUUGCACUCACCCGGCCAUGCCCACAGACGCCUGCUGCCCGACUUGCCAGGACUGUCUUUUCACCCAGGUGAUAUACCCAAACGCCACCACCUUCACCCACGAGGAUGACCCUUGCCAAAAAUGCACGUGCAAGGAAGGAAACGUCCUGUGCGAAACCAUCAAGUGUCCGACGACGGAAUGUUCGAACCCGAAAACAAUGGACGACGUCUGCUGUCCCAUUUGCCUCGAGCCCAAAAGAUGUCGUUUCCACGAUCGCUUCUUUAACUACCACGAAAUAUUCCCACACCCGAAAGAUCACUGCCAGGAAUGCAGCUGUACGGAGGGUAUAGUUACUUGUAAAGAGCGCCCAUGCCCACCGUAUGCCUGCCCCUCGCCGAGACUCAAGGACUGUUGUUAUGACUGUUUUGGCUGCAGCUACGCCGGAAAGACCGUCGAGAACUACGUGUCUUUCUUCGACCCACUCGACCCUGUCGAACCUGCUCCUGCGUCGACGGUCGAGUGAACUGCUACCGAGUGAGCUGCCCAGCUGUCGAGUGCCUCCAACCGAUCACGCCGCCUGAUUCCUGCUGUCCCGUCUGUCAAGAAUGCGACUACGAGGACGAGAUCUACUACGUCGGCGAGACCUUCGAGUCGUUCUACGACCCCUGCACCGAGUGUCGCUGCGACUACCCUGAUGUCACGUGCUACCCUCGGUACUGCCCGGCGCCAACGUGCAUGUACC